AUGGAGGAAGAUAGAUCUCUCAAACAUCACAUGUUACCAUCUCUUGAUGGCGCCACAACGGGAAUUGCUAGACCUCAUGAACAAGCUAAGGCAAUUACCUUGAGGAGCGGAACCAUACUAGAGGGGCCAAAAGUUCCUAAUGAGGUGGUAAUAGAGAAGGAAAGCGACAAGAUCGGCAAGUCGGAAGAAAAGGAAGAGGAAGUAAUUUUGAAGCCAUAUGCUCCUAAACUUCCUUAUCUUCAAAGGAUGAAGAAAGUAGAAGAUGACAAGAAUUUCUCCAAAUUUCUUGACAUGUUUCGCAAGAUUCACAUCAACAUUCCGCUUACCGAGGCAAUUUCCCAAAUGCCUAAGUAUGCUAAAUACUUGAAAGAAAUCAUCUCAAAUAAGAGAAAAUUUGAUGAUGUGGGAACGGUCACGCUAACCGAAGAAUGUAGCGCACUCAUUCAAAACAAGCCUCCUCAAAAGGCGAAAGAUCCGGGAAGCUUCACUAUUCCAUGCAUCAUUGGUGAAACGGAAUUUGGUAAGGUACUUUGUGAUCUUGGUGCAAGCAUUAAUUUAAUGCCUUUGUCUAUUUGCAGGAAAUUGGGUAUGGUGAAGGAGAUGAUGAACACUACUGUUUCUCUACAAUUGGCGGACAAGUCAAUUACUUACCCAAGUGGAGUGCUUGAAGAUAUCCUAAUCAAAGUCGAUAAAUUCAUAUUUCCUAUUGAUUUUAUUGUCCUUGACAUGGAGGAAGAUAAAGAAGUUCCACUCCUCUUGGGUAGACCUUUCCUCGCAACUAGCAAAGCCAUCAUAGAUGUGGAAGGAGGUAAGUUGACCUUGAGAGUAGGUUAA